AUGAUUUCGAGGUUUCGCAAGUAUAUCAUAGUAUUCUACACUACUUCAGUGUUAGUAGGUUCUACUUUGGACCAAUUUGUUACCCAGUACCAAAGUGCAAUUAGCUCUAAUAAGCUCGAAGCUUUCUUGAAUAGAUUAUUAGUGUCACCCUUUGGAUACUUCUUGUUUACAUUAAUUUUUUUGGGAAAUGCUUUAACAAACUUAAAUCAGUACAAAUUAGUUAAGAAAUUUGUGCUAUAUUAUUUCAGCUACACGAUAUCGAGUUGUAUAUUGGUUAUGUGGUUCUUUGGCCCUCUGCUUUUCGACAUUGUAAAUAGAUUGACUGGCGGCUAUUGCAAAAUUAGCACAUCUCAAUUCAAAUGCAUGCAGGAUAAAGAUAGCUGGGUCAAUGGUUUUGAUACUUCGGGUCAUGUUUUCAUGCUUGUAGGCAUGAGUGUAUCAUUACUAAUACUAUUGGAAGCUUGUAAAUGUAGCAAUAAGCCCGUGUAUCAAUCUUUGGAAGAGCAGAUUCCAGCAGAAGAACUCGAGGUUCCAGCUCCAAGUUCAAGUCCGAGCCCAAGCCGUUUUGCUUCAUUGUACAUAAUACCAAAUUCUGAUUUCCUCGAUUUGAUAACCUAUUUAUUUUUAUUUUUCUGGUAUGUGGUACUUAUGGUGACAGCUUUAUUCUUCCACACCUUCGUUGAGAAGUGCUUCGGGCUUUUAUUCGGAAUGACCCUUCCGUUAACCAUAGAGUAUGUUAUCGAUAAGAAAAGAUCUGCUACAGCUGAAACUUGA